AUGAAUCUAGCCUAAUACCAAACUCCUCUAUUUUAAAAAGAUAACGAAAUUCCCUCUUCGGGUAGAGAGAGCUCUGGAAGGGGUUUAUAUGACCCGCCUUUGUUUAAUAACAAGCAAAAAAAGGAAAUACAUUUAGAGCAAUAUAUAAAUGAAUCUUUCAAUUAGGAAUAAGAAUAAAAAUAUUCCUAAUCAGCAACUAAUAAGAAAAAAAAUGAUACGCAAAGAUAAAAAAAUGUUGAACGCAUUUUGGGUAAACCGUAAAAGAAAUCUUUGAGUGAAAGUGGAAGUGUAGAGGAAUAUAAAAUGUAAACAGAUGAUAAAGGAAGUGGUAGAGGUAGCUUUGAAAAUAACUUUAGAGAAAAAAAUGCUCUUUCUAAACAUACUAUUUUUACUUAAGGUGAGCAUACAUAAACAUCUUUAACUACUUCUUACAUUAUGAAUACAGAUUUUUGGGCUUUAUCAUAUACAAAAAAUUAAAACAAUAAAAAAAGCUAUUUUAUAAAACUGCUAUUGCUUGCUGGGCAAAGCGCUUUAUUUUUACUCCUUGAGUGGAUUCCUUUUAUUAUAUCUUUGCAUUUUAUUGGCACUUCUGAUGACUCAGCCACAACUGGUGGAUAUGGAAUGGGUAUUGUUUGGUCUAAUUGUUUCAUUGAAUUUAUUUUUGGAGGUCUUGGCUUAGGUUUAUAAAUUUUAGUCAUGCAAGCCAUCUAAGAAGAAAGAAUGAACUAAGCUAUGAAUUUGUUUAAAAAAGGAAUAGUAAUUGUAACUAUAUCUAUGAUUCCUAUUUCGAUUCUAAUGUUUUUAUCAGGAUUCAUUAUUGGAGGUAUCAGUGGAAACAAGCAACUUGGAAACUAUACCUAUUAGUACUGUACCUAUGGAAUACCAGCUUUUUAUUUUAAUGGUAUUUAUAACAUUCUAAAAGGAUUUUUAAGAGCAAAAAAGCAAGGAUUUCUCGCUUUUAUUUCUAUUAGCUUUGCAGCAGUCACUUCCAUUUUCUGGAAUUGGCUUUUUAUAUUGAAGAUUGAUUCUUAGUCUGAAGUUAUUGGAGCAGCUCUGGCUAGAGAUAUUAUAGAAGCAAUUAAUGUUAUUAUGCUCUUUAUUUUCCUUUACAUAAAAAAUAAAAAAGAAGAUAAGUUCUCUUUAAAAUUUACUAAAUUGGCUUUCAAAGGAUGGUCUGAAUUAACUAAGUUUUGCUUACCCAUCGGCGGUUUGCUAUUCUUAGAAUGGAUAGGAUACGAGUUAUUUACCUUCUAGGCAACUCACUUAUCUGACAGCGAAUUUAGUGCUCAUGUUAUUUUCAACAUCUUUAACACAGUUUAUUACUAAGUAGCUUAUGGAAUAUCUAUUGCCAUAACAAGUUAAGUCAACCAAGAGAUGGCUGUUUCUGAUUUAGUUUCUUCAUUGAAAUAUUCUAAAUAUGGAAUUCUUAUCACUUUUAUUUAUAUUUUUAUUACUAUGCUUCCUAUGGCUUUCCUUAGCGGUCCUUUUUCAAGAGCUUUUACGAAUGAUAGUUAAUCGUAGUAAACAAUUUAACAAAGUUAUGGGCUUUUCCUUACUUGUUUAGCAAUGGAUGCUGUUUUAGCUAGCAUUGUUGGAAUUACCAGAGGUAUUGGAAAAUAGAAAAUAGCAGCAAUUAUUUUUAUCCUUUCAUUCCUAGUUUUAGGAUAAAUAUUAGCUUCUAUAUUCUCUUACUUACUAGAGGGUGGUGUAGUGGGGAUUUGGUUAUCAAUAUUGGCAUCAAUUUUCAUAGCAAACUUUUCAUAAGCUAUAUGGACAGGGUUUACUGAUUGGGAAAAAUCAUUAAUUGAUUUACAGAGUGUUAAGUAAAAGGAAGAAAAAGAAAGAAAAAGAAUGAUGUUAGAAAGAAUAAAGUCUCAUAACUCAUUAAUUUAGUAUGAAGAUUAAUACUUAGAUACUGACGAAGAUAUAAAGCACAGAGAAGAAAAAUCUUAAGCAAUAUAACCUCAUCCAUCUAAUAACUAGCUAGAAAAAUACAAUACAGAUUAAGUCAUAUUAGAAAAAGAAGAAAAUAAUAGCACAAUUAACAAUACAAGUAACAAUACAUUUUUGGGUAAAUUAAGUAGUAAAAAUAGUAAUAAAAAUAACUCAAAUACAAUUAAUUCUGAAAACAAUAAUGAUUUCAGUCAUUAAGACAACACUUCAUCCAUUUUCAAAUAAAAUGCAAUAAAUUCCUCAGAUAAAAUAAAAGAGAAUAGUUUAGAGGAUUUAUCUGAUUAAUAGAGUAGACAUAACCUCUAAGAUAUUACAGAAGAAGAUAUAUCUCAAAAUUCAAAAAUAUAAAUGUGA